AUGAGUACGGCUGCAGGUCCCGGCGCAUCCCGACCCCAUCUCAAGACUGAGAUGAUGAAGCCAGCGACUACGACAACAAGUACAACCCUCUGGAACACACACAAUCUCAGUCUACGUCUCUGUGCAGAUGUAGCGUCAGCAGCAACAGCAGGUGCCCUGGUCGCUCCCGUCAUUACCGCAAUCGACAAGGCCAUUAUUGAAAAUGCAGCGGGCAGACAAACACUAGGUCGCUCUCUACGCGACUCUCUUGCAACAUUCACACUCCGACCACACCACUUCCUCUUCUCCAAGCCUUUUGCUUUGAUCUUUACAUUGUAUGGCGGCACGUAUAUCACGGCAAACAUCCUCGACACCUGUGCCAGCACAGUCAAAGGCAAGCCCGCUACAACCACAACGUCAGGCCCUGCAAAGUUCCUGGCAACCUCGUCUGCCAAUCUGUCGCUAUGUUUGUACAAGGACAGCAGGUUUGCUAAACUCUUUGGCGCCGCUACGUCUUCUCCACGCGCUAUCCCUGGACCCAGUUAUGCGCUGUUUGCUGUCCGCGAUUGCUUGACUGUGUUUGCAUCUUUCAAUGUGCCGCCGUUGAUUGCGCCUUUGCUUCCUCUGUCAGAGGGCAUGCAAAAGCAUGUUUCUGCUGCUUCGGCUGCGCAAUUCCUGGCUCCUGCUGCCGUGCAAUUGAUUUCUACGCCUUUACAUCUACUAGGUCUGGAUCUGUACAAUAGAGACGGUACACUCGGAGCCAAGGAUAGAUUGACAAGAGUCAGGAGAGAUUGGUUGAAGAGUUCGUUUGCUAGAAUGGCGCGCAUUGUGCCAGCAUUUGGAUAG